AUGUUUAACAGGGAUUUGCUGUUAAUUUGAAUCUGUGUACUGCUUGGUUCUGAUUGAUUUCCAUUGAGCUCUCUUGAAUAUAAACAGUUUUACCAGGUGUCCAGUAUUCAACAAAGGGAAAUAUGGUCACUGUAACCCUAGUGCUUUUUCACAUCACUUGCCACUUGGGUAGGUUUUGCUUUCUGAAUAUUUACUACAGGUUAGAUGAUUAAAUGUCAAACCACUGAGAUAUUGUUGAAAAUAAUUUUGUACUUGAAAACUUCUAUAUUUCUAUAAGUAAUUCCCCAUCCUACAAACACUGAAGUACACACUUACAUUUUCUAUUACUUUUUUUAUUGCAUAUAUAAAUAUUUGGAUUUAUACUCAUAUACUUGUACUUCAAACCACAUAUUUCAGUUUCAUAGUUUUUCUGUGUGCUACAUCUAUUGUAACAAUACAUUCCAAUGGUGCUCUUCACUCUGACAGCCCUACUGUUCUGUGUUACCAAAUUCUAGGGUUUUUAAAAUAAAUUAUCUUUUUUGAAAGGGUCCAGGAUACUGUGCUGACCUCACCAGAGGUAUCUCCCCCCUGGUUCUCUGCAGGGGAACAGCUAAUGCAUGUUCACCUAUGUUUGUAAAACACACAGCUUAGCAGUGGCCCAGGUCACAAUGCUUCCCCGGUUCCCCUUGGCUGUAAACAGCUAACCGCAGCCAAUGGGAGCUGUGAGACUCUAUGGCUGUGGAGCCAGUAAGUAAACAACCUGGAGCGACCCAUUAGUGAGUUUCUCAGAGUGAGUCCCUGAACCACUUUGAGAAACACUGGUAUAUGGGGUAUAAUGCUAAAGGUGUGAAGGUAAAGCACACAAUGUAAAGCACCUUCAGUCUUGGCUAUUUCACUGCUCUGUCAGUUCAGUUUCAACAUGGGGUUAGUUUAAUUUAAAACAAUAAAUAGGUUGAGAGCUGACUGGCUUCCACUGUAUCAGUCUGUUCAUGGAGAGAAACUGCUGGAUCCCCAAGGGCUCCUGAGUCUAAUGAAGACAGCUCAGCGAGAACCAAUAACUGAAAGCUGAAGCCAGACAAUUUCAGGUUAGAAAGGAGGCACAAAUGUUUGAUGGGGAAGAGGAUUAGUCACUGAAACAAAUGGUCACAGGAUAUUGUGGAUUCUCCAUCUUUUGAUGUCUUCAAAUCAACACUGGACGACUCUUUAGAAAACAUUCUUUGGGGAAACAGAGCUUUGUGCCUAGAUAGCUGGGUUAAGUUUAAUGGCUUGUGCCACAGAGGAGGUCAGACUGCAUGACUAAGGAUAUCUUCUGAUCCCAUGAAUCCAUGAAUUUUAGGAUCUCAGCCUGCAAACACUUAGUGCACAUGUUUAAAAAUAAGCAUCUGCAUAGUCUUAUUAUCAUCACUUAAUUUCUGUUGGGGAGAGGAUUUAUAAUUUGCCUGUCAGAUGAAAGAACCAAGCUCUGUGCUGCAAAUAAAUGGAUGAAGAUUAGGGGUUUUAAAUACAGCAGCCUAAAUUUAAACAACUACAACUCAGACAUGUGAAUAUGCAGCUUGUUUAUAAGAAACACUGGAUACACCAAACUGAAUCCCAUUGUUGCAGGUGCAGUAAUGUUAUAAUUCAAGCCAGGUAUUGAGAUAAAUGAAUGUGGUUUUGGGAUCUAACUUGUAUGCGCUGUUUAUGGAAUAUCUAGACUCAAACAUUUGCCCAAAAUGUCCAGUACUAGUAUGCCUGUCACCAGGGACAGAGUCUGGGGAGAAUGGUGGUAUGGAAAGGAUUAAAGCCCCUUCUGAAAUGUCUCCAAUUGCCCUUCUCCCCCUGACAGGCUACAGAACAGCUAUAUUUGUCUCCAGCUCAGCCCAUGGCCUGCAAAGCCAGGGAAAGGAAAUGGCUGUGGUGGAGCCAGUGACCUUCGAGGAGGUGGCUGUGUAUUUCUCUGAGGAGGAAUGGGCUCUGCUGGACCCAGGUCAGAGAGCCCUCUAUUGGGAUGUGAUGCAGGAGAAUUAUGAGGCCGUGAGCUGGCUGGGUAAGGAUUCCUGUCCCCUCAGGUAUCAGAAGCUGGGUGGGCUCUGGAGCAGCUGGGUUAGGUUUGGUUCAGGCCCCUCAAUGUUCUCUUCCCCGCCAGUAUCAGGAGUAUGGUUACUUAUGAACCUUAAAUUUAUCCCAGGAUUAAACAGUAACAUUAUCAUAAAGUCUCUUACAAAAAUAGAGAUCCUGAGAGGCACCUGCACAGCAGGUGAUAGAACAGCGAGGGAGAACAAUAAGAAGAAUCGACAGCAGGAAGCUCCUGAACCAGUAGAAUCUCAGGGAACGUUUGUGGAAGGAGCUAAAGGGGAUUUUUCCCAGUGUGUAGAACAGGGGGAAGCCUGGGAAAAUCGACACAGGGGAGAGAGGCAGCUGGAGAACAAUCCAAGCAGGAAAGCAGAGGAAUCCAUUGAAUGUGGGGGAGGAUCCAAGGAUCCCAAGGAAACUCCAGCCCAGCAGUCAAAUCACAAUCAAAAGAAACCUUGUGAAUGCUCAGACACUGGGAACAAAAUCAGUGAGAAGUCAGGCCUUAUUUUGCCCCAGAGAGGGCACACAGGAGAGAGACUCUGCAAGUGCCUUGACUGUCGAAAAUGUUUGAUUGAACUGUCAUCCUGUAUUGAACAUGAGAUUAUCCACAUGGGAGGAAAAUCCCAUACGUGCUUUGAGUGUGGGAAGAGCUUCACUUUGAGAUCACACCUUAGUAUACAUCAGCAAACCCACACAGGUGAGAGGCCAUAUAGAUGUUUGGAAUGUGGGAGAAACUUCAUUAAGAGGUCACACCUCAGUGUACAUCAGAGAAUUCACACAGGAGAGAAACCAUAUAAAUGCCAUGAGUGUGGGAAAGGAUUCACUGACCGAUCAACCCUCACUAAACAUGUGAGAACACACACGGGAGAGAGACCAUACAAGUGCCAUGAGUGUGGGAAAAGCUUCAGUCAGAGUUCAAACCUUACUCUUCAUCAGAGAGUACACACAGGAGAGAGACCAUACAAAUGUCAUGAAUGUGGGAAAGAUUUUACUGAGCGCUCAGCCCUUAUUGUCCAUGAGCGAAUCCACACGGGAGAGAGACCGUUUAAAUGCCACAAGUGUGAGAAAGAUUUCACUGAGCAAUCAGCCCUUACUGUACACGAGAGAAUCCACACAGGAGAGAGACCAUAUAAAUGCCAUGUGUGUGGGAAAGGAUUCACUGAGCGAUCGGCCCUUAUUGUCCAUGAGAGAAUCCACACGGGAGAGAGACCAUAUAAAUGCCAUGUAUGUGGGAAAGGUUUCACAACACGAUCAGCCCUUACUGUCCAUGAGAGAAGCCACACAGGAGAGAGACCAUACAAAUGCCUUGAGUGUGCAAAAGGUUUCACUAUGCGAUCAGCCCUCAUUAGACAUGAGAGAACCCACACAGGAGAGAGACCAUAUCAGUGCUUCGACUGUGGGAAAAGCUUCAGUCAGACUUCAUAUCUUAUUAGCCAUCAGAGAGUGCAUACAGGAGAGAGACCAUAUAAAUGCCGUGAGUGUGGGAAAGGUUUCACUCGUCAGUCAGCCCUUACUGUCCAUGAGAGAACCCACACUGGAGAGAGACCGUAUAAAUGUACUGAAUGUGGGAAAGGUUUCACUGAGCAAUCAGCCCUUACUGUCCAUGAGCGAACCCACACAGGGGAGAGACCAUAUAAAUGUGUUGACUGUGGGAAAAGCUUCCGGCACACCUCACACCUUAGUAGGCAUCAGAGAAUCCACACAGCUCCUGAAUCAGCAAAUCCCCCAGCGAAGAAACUGCAGAUUUCAUUAGCUGGCAUGUAAAACACUUCUGUUAGAGCCUGGGCGCCUGAGACUGCUCUACAUAUGAGGGAAUUCUCCAAGCACCCUGCCUAAUUUCCACGCAGAUGAGUGGCACUUGGCUCCCAGGGAUCCAGCUGUCCAGUGCUGGAGUGAGGAGACAGCAGCACCCAACAAUCAACUGGUCAGUGACCUGCUGGCUCUGCCUGGUCUGAGCAAACCCCAAGCAGGGGACCCCAAUCACCCCUCGUGCCAGCUGCAGCCCUGGCUGCUGAUCUGAUGGGACACAAACUCCUCCAGAUGCUCCCUGGGCCUGCCUCAAGUUCUCCCUCUCCCUUCCUGACCCGGCUGGGAUCCUCCUGCCAUGGACAUUAUGAGAAGAACACUUGGGCAAGGCCCCACUUUCUCUCUGAACACCCAUUUCCCACCCCCAUCAUACAUCUCCCUGCUUGGCUGGGCUCCCCCACUGCCCUAGAGCUGUUCCCUGGAAGGGGCACGUGCAGAAAGGCUGCUAAAUCCUCCUCUCCCCAAAUCCCAGAGGGGGCACUGGGAUUCUGCCCCCCCUUAAGCGGAGUGAUUGCUAGUCCCCUAGUGCCCUGUGAGGGCAGAUUGGCUCAUUCCCAGACACUCUCAUAUGACCCCAGACUAUGCUGAAAUGUGUUUUGUAUUUGUCCUUUUCCUGCCUGAUGGGCUAGAACUCACUGGAUCAGGGGUCGGCAACCUUUCCAAAGGUCCCAUCCUGUUUCACAGCCCUGGUUCCAUCUCUGGGUACAGUUGCUGCUGGACUUUUCUGGGCAACUGUAGCUCAUGUGUUCAUGGGAACUUGAGGGCUUUUUUUUAUUUUAGUAUAAUGACAUAUAGAACUUUUGUAACUAAUACAGUCAAGUAAUGAGAAGUAAAGCAGGUUUAGCCAUUUCUGAAGAAAAUGGGUAAAUUGUAUUUAUUUCCUUGAUUCUGAGACUUAAAAGAUUACUUGAUGUUUCACUCUAUGGAUGUGAAAGUGAUUAACGGCCCACCCUGUAUCAUGGGGUUUUCUUUCCUUGUGAAGGCUGUUGGGUCACACACUUUGAUAUCCGGUUAGUUAGAUGUGCAGACGUCACAACUCAAAUGAUCAUUUGCCAAAAUUUUAAUUGUAUUUUCACCAUGUUCUUUGGUGCCUUUGCCACAAGCUCUUUGUGUGAUUUGAGCAAUGACAAUGGUCAGUAUCUCUGAGUGGGGUGAGCAGGGGAAGUUAUGGGGUAGGGGAGCUGCCCUGACACUGCACCACCACCACCCCGGAGGGAUUGCUCUGGCUGCAGUUUUCUAAUCUCCUAACCCAAGCCCUGCAGGCCGUAUACUGCUGAGCUGGGCCAGCUGCAGCCUUGCCAAAGGGCUAUUAUCUCAGUGCAGACUCACCCGCAGAGUUUCCUUUUGUAUUGGCCCCUCAGGGGUUCUCUCCACUUUUCAGCCACCCAUGUGUGAAUGCUGCUCUCUAGCAGGUGCCAGGCUGAGCGGGGUGCGGACAGGAGUCUGUCUUUAUUCCUCCUUUGCAAAUGAAGCAGAUUUUUAGUUUCUCCCACUUGUGGUGGUGUUUGUUUUUAAUUAACUGGCUCCCACUACCACAUGGCUGCUGCUGGGGAUCCCUAGCUAAGAGCCCUUUUCCUGGAGGCUGGGGCUUGUGCUGUUCCACACAGGAAACCCCCUCCAAUGGGAAGCAGGGGUGGUUCUGUGGUGUCCCUCAGAACAUUCAGCCCACUCGUCUGCUUGCCUACAGAGUAGCCUCCCGGGGCUCAUUUCCCCUUCCUCUCUCGGGUGGGGACACGGCUCUGAACGAGAGUCUCCCGUCUCUCGGGGGAGCUCCGACCACUGAACUUGGCAGAAAUCUCUCCCAGAGACUUGCAGGCUGGACAGAUGUUUGUUGUGAAGCAUUUUGUAA